GGCUUAGCAACAUAACAACAGUGAGGACAGGUGCUCUGAAAUCUUGGAGUAGAAUUUCUAAUAUAUUUGGCAUAAAUAUACAGCGAUCAAAAUGGGAGGAUGUUUAGCAAGGGCUACACAUUGGACCUCCGCCACUGGAGGAGGAGGAAAGAUGAAACUGGAAUACAACUCAAAAAAUCAGUCAAUCCUAAAUAACAUAAUCCAGUUCAUGGAAGGAUUCACUGCUAGUCAUCCAGAAGAAGCUAAACUUGUGUUUAAAUCAGCAAUGAAAUGGACGACAGAAUUAACACUGGAUGAUUUCACCUCAGGAUAUGAAGAAAAGAGUGGAAAUGACAAAGUUUCAACAGAAACAAGCAAAGAUGGUAACCCUCUGUUGACGAUACGUCGCACUGAUGAUGGCUGCGAGAUAAGUGUCUACACAAUGGAACAACUGGAGAAUGUUCUGAAUAUAGCUGGAGACAAUAAACUUAGAGAAUGUAGAGCGUGCUUAGAAGCCAACCGUGAUCCUCCAAAGACUAUGUUGGGUGAUCGAUUUGCGACUGUUGAUGGCGAUGACAACUCUACCAAAAGAUACAUGGAGGAGAUCAUUGGAAACAAGCCUAAAGAUGAUGACGACAAUGAGGAUGCCAAGGAGGAAUAUGAACAAAAGAUGUGUGGACUCAAACUGCUCAUGAUUAUGCAACGCUUUGAUGAGAAGUUAAUGUCUGAAACUCUGAAAGAAAUCAUAAAUGAUGUGCGUCUCACUCCUGAAGUGGUUGAGAGAGAGGUUGGGCAGAUCCAGAGAUUCCAAGGAGUAGAUGAAGAAAAUACUGCAUUGGAACAAAUAGAUUAUCUAGAAUCACUUAAAUUCAAGUUCAGCAAUGGAUGUCGGGCCCCACCCUGGCGUCAGGUUCAUGGUGACAUCUGUUAUCUUGAUGUCAGACCACAUGACACCGACUACUUCUGUGUCACAGCAUCAGCCAGUGGUUACUAUGUGAACAAGGGUAUGGAUAAGGAGAAGAAUGAGUUGAACUUUAACAGGGAUGGAGAUGACGUCUUCAGGGACCUUGUAACAAUCAUCAAAUCAAAGUCACCAAAGUUUGCAGAAAUGAUGGAGAAAGAGGACUUCCAACCUAUUGAACAAGAGAGGGACAAUAAUAUCGACUUUGAGAGUGAACAGAGAGAGGAACAGAAGAUGGACACACUAAAUGAGAGCAAGAACAAGAAACAACAACAGGAGAACGACAGAAAAGAGAAAGAUAAGAAGAAACAAAGUGAAAAGAAGAAGAAACUUGAACCAUCUUUAAAAUGGAAGAAUUUGGGCAUGGAAGAUUAUAUUGAAGAAGAAGAAGAUGGAACUCAAAAGAGGAAAACUGGCCCAAGACGUUCACCCAAGAAAUCAUCACGUGGGAAAUCAAGUAAAACCCCCAUAGAAGCAGAAGAUUCAUUUAGUGAGAGCUCUUCAGAAUCGGAGGAGGAAGAGGAAGCUCCUGAUCGUCGGAAUGAGGCCAACUCAGAUCUUCCAUCAGAAUAUUGGCAAAUACAAAAGCUUGUCAAGUACCUCAAGGGAGGUAACCAGACUGCCACAAUCAUUGCACUGUGCUCUAUGAGAGACUUCAACCUACAGCAGGAGACAUGUCAACUUGCAAUACGUGAUGUGGGGGGACUUGAGGUCCUCAUUAACCUACUGGACACUGAGGAUAUCAAAUGCAAGAUUGGUUCUCUCAAGAUACUCAAAGAGAUCUCAAAGAAUACGCAGAUCCGUAGAGCUAUAGCUGACCUUGGGGGCCUACAGACAAUGGUGAAAAUCUUGCGUGAUCCCAAUAAGCAAUUGAAAUGUCUCGCAGCAGAAACAAUAGCAAAUGUAGCUAAGUUCAGACGAGCAAGACGCACAGUCCGACAACAUGGAGGAAUAAAGAAAUUGGUUGGUCUGUUAGAUUGUAGCCCUCAGUCUGUGAUGGCAAACAACAAAGAACAAGAUGUGGAGGUCGCUCGUUGCGGAGCCCUGGCACUGUGGAGCUGCAGCAAAAGUACAAAGAACAAACAGGCAAUGAGGAAGGCUGGGGCGAUACCUCUCUUGGCUAAACUUCUCAAGUCCACACAUGAAGAUAUGUUGAUCCCAGUAGUGGGGACAUUGCAGGAGUGUGCAUCUGAGGCUAGCUACAGACUGGCUAUUAGAACAGAAGGAAUGGUGGAGGAUCUUGUCAAGAACUUAAAAAGUGAGAACCAAGAGUUGCAGAUGCAUUGUGCAAGCGCCAUCUUUAAGUGUGCUGAGGAAAAAGAGACCCGUGAUCUUGUACGGCAAUAUGGUGGCCUUGACCCUAUGGUAUCACUACUCAACAAUGGUGACAACAAGGAACUACUUGCUGCUGCAACAGGAGCCAUAUGGAAGUGCGCAAUUAGUCCAGAAAAUGUUCAGCGAUUCCAAGAACUGAAAGCUAUAGACUUAUUAGUAGCUCUAUUAAAUGACCAACCUGAGGAGGUUUUGGUAAAUGUGGUGGGUGGACUUGGGGAGUGUGCUAAAGAUCCACCAAAUAGAACAGCCAUAAGAAAAGCGGGAGGUAUACCCCCAUUAGUGAAUCUCUUAACUGGUACAAAUCAAGCCUUAUUGGUGAAUGUGACAAGAGCUGUUGGUGAAUGCGCAGAAGAAUCUGAUAAUAUGAUUAUAAUAGACAAACUAGAUGGAGUGAGGUUACUCUGGUCAUUGCUCAAGAAUCAAAACCCAGAGGUACAAGCUAGCGCAGCAUGGGCCAUAUGUCCUUGUAUAGAAAAUGCUAAGGAUGCUGGUGAAAUGGUUCGUUCAUUUGUUGGAGGCUUAGAGUUAAUUGUGAGUCUCCUGAAAUCUGAAGACAAAGAGGUUUUAGCCAGUGUAUGUGCUGCCAUAGCCAAUAUAGCAAAUGAUGAAGAAAAUCUUGCAGUUAUAACAGAUCAUGGGGUCGUUCCUAUGUUAGCUAAACUUACAAAAACACCUGAUGACAGAUUAAGACGGCACCUAGCUGAAGCAAUCUCACGGUGCUGUAACUGGGGCAAUAAUCGAGUAGCAUUCGGUGAGGCUGGGGCAGUGAGUCCCCUGGUAAGGUACCUAGACUCUAAGGAUGAAGCCGUACAUAGAUCAACAGCGAAAGCCCUUCAUCAACUCUCCAAGAAUCCUGACAACUGUAUCACGAUGCAUGAAGCUGGGGCGGUAAAGCCCCUAAUGGCCAUGGUUGGAUCUCAAGAUGAAAUUCUACAGGAAGCCGGAGCAAGAUGUAUUAGAAACAUUAGACGAUUAGCACUGGCUAAUGAGAAGUCACGGCAUGGAUAGAUGGCGUUACUUUCAAUCUCAAUCCAAUAUUAUGGAAAUGAUGUAGCAUAUAGACAUUUAUUUAUGAAAGAAAUGCCAUGUCAAUUUUUGUAUUAAGAUAGGGGGUGACUUAAAACCCAGUAUAUUUCCAAUAGAGGUUCAAUAUCAGACCUCUAAAUGUUUAAUGCUUUAAAUUAUUCCGUCCAAUUGAAUUUUAACACAACUUACAUUUUGUCAUCCCAACUGUAUUCAAUGACUGCAUUGAUGUGAUCUUUAUGUUUCCAAUGUUUGCCAAAUAAACAACAAUUUGAACAACAAUGUACACAACAAAGAUAUGUAAUCACAGGUUAUACUGUAUUUGUUAUAUUAUUAAAAGUAUACAAAAUUACAACAUGAUUUUUAAGUACAUUGCAAAUCUUCUGAAAUCUGAAGGAGGUUAACAGAACUCAGACUGACAAAAUUACUUCUAUACUGUCAUUGUUCCAUGUUUUCACCUUUAGUCUUUUCAUGGUUCUUCAGCAUGGUCUGUAGUAUUGUCAUUGUCAAUCUAACAUUCCUGAAUACACGGAUACAUUCUCAAGUCAAUGUUAUACUCACAUGAUUUAGUGUUACAAAAAUUAUUAUGUAAAAAUAUAUUACCCAAUUGAUCCUAUUUUUAUAUACAGAUAUAUACAGAUUUUGACAAAAUUGAGAAUCGGAUGAUUCACAUGGGAUCUAAUUUAUUGUUACAUAGGCCUAUCAUCAGAUCAUGUUAGUUAUAUUAAACACAAUUAUUGAUAUUAGAGUUCUAAUAUAUUGUAAAUACUGUUGGAUUAUCAAUUUAUAUCAUAAUUUUCAUGCAGCAUUCAAUAGACAUAAUGUGAAUAAAAAAAUUAUAUUUUGUAAUCAUGACUUCUGUGCUUUGUAUUGGCAGGUUAAAGUUUUGAUUUUAUGCAUAUAGGGCAAAGGGGUUAAACUUUGACACCAUUUUGGGGUAACUUCGA